CGAAUACCUUUUACCGACACGUGAAGAAUUCCCGAGAUGGAAAAACUAGUGAAUUCAAGAAGGAAGGAAUCUCUCACUCCCCCUCCUACCAUUCAAGAUACAAGUUACCCCACCUCUGGUACACGCACAGGGAACAAAAGCGACCAAACACUGCGGUGGUAGUAUCCGAAACCUGCACACAAGUUGCCUCAUCGGGCAGCCAUGUGACAGCAGGUUGCUUCCUCCACAGUGAGCAGUAGCAUCAUAGUGGGGCCAUGGCGCAUGGUGGGGGCGCAGGGCAGUAGUGCGCAAACCGCGGCUCCGGGCAGUUUACUCUUGUCGCCACUAAAGGCGUGACGUCUGUCAUGUGGAAAAAAAAGAGAACCCUUUCGUCGCAGGAACCGGCAACCAUCAUCUGCACAACCCGAAUGAACAUCAGUGCAGUGGGGUUAUAAGUUCCCAAGAACAGCCAGGUUUGCACCCACUGACUCCAGCUCCAGCAUUUAAACCCUGAGAGGUUAAACGAAACCUGACCAGUGGAUACUGCACAACCCCACUCUUAAAUGGCUGCCUGGAGUUUUUGCUCUCCCCUGCUGCCCCUCGCGCUGCCCACGGGCAGCGGAAGGGCGCGCUCGCUCGUCUUAUUAGUUGCUGUGCAGGCCUCUUCUACGCUUUCUCUUGCUGAAAGCAAGCGUACGUUCCACGCGACUCUACCACUGUUAUAUAAAACGUAGCGGUCCGAUAAUGGCUGAGUUUCAUCGAAAACGAAGUUCGGUUUCCACGUAUUUCAAACCGUCCUGGGAAUCGGACUACUUCUUCAUAGAACAGGAAGGCGUACCGACCUGUUUGAUAUGCGGGAAGAAACUGCAUCAAGUGAAGAAGUACAAUCUCCAAAGACAUUUUCAGUCUAUGCACGGGCAUUACGCGCAGUUGAGCGGCGAAGAACGGGAGGCAGAAGUGGUGCAAUUGAAACAAAAAUUCGUCAAAGCAGAAGUGGAAGAGGAAACUGUAUCGUCCUGCAGCGAGGCAGCCGUGCGGGCGAGCUUCGGGAUUGCCCUGGAGAUUGCACGAUCGUCGCGCAGUUACACGGACGGUGACGUUGUGAAGAAAUAUUUAGUGAACGCCGCGGGUCAGAUGUAUCCGACAGAAGUGCAAGCCUUCGAGGCAAUAAGUUUAUCAAGAACGACAAUUGCUCGCCGCAUACAAUCGAUGGCCAGUAACGUUAUGGACCAGUUACGCCAAUUGUGUUCAAGUUUCACUGCGUACUCUUUGGCUAUCGACGAGGGUACAGAUAUAUCAGGAACGCCGCAAAUAGCGAUCUUCAUCCGUGGCGUGAACAAUAAUUUAUACGUGACAGAGGAAUUAUUAGACUUGGUACCGCUCAGAGACGGUGUAUCAGAAGAGGACAUGUUCUCUUGCGUAGAAGAGAUAAUAGAGAAUAAUCAAUUGGACUGGCAUAAACUGGUUUCUAUAGCAACCGAUGGAACACCUGCAAUGGCCGAUAACACUAAUGGUCUGGUUGGUCGACUCAGGAAAAAGUUAAACGAACUGGGUAAUGCUAAGAAACUUGUCGCUGUGCACUGCCUAAUUCACAGACAAAAUCUAUGUACCAAGAAUAUUGAAAUGUCCAAUGUAAUGUCUGUGAUCGUACGUGUAACGAAUUACAUAAGGAAUCACGGAUUGAAACGUAAGCAAUUCCGCGCGUUUCUUGAAGAAUUAGAUUCAGAGUACGCAGAUUUACCCUAUUACACAGAGGUCAGAUGGCUAAAUCGUGGGAAGCUUUUAGAACAAUUUUAUAAUCUUAGAAGCGAGAUAGCUGCAUUUAUGGAGUCUAUGCAAAAUCCUGUUGCAGAAUUAAAAGAUAACGACUGGCUGGUUGACUUAGCGUUUUUAACAGAUUUAGUACACCACCUGAAUACCUUAAAUCAGUCUUUACAAAGGAAAGGUAUGCUCAUAGUAGAAUUAUACGAUACUAUUCAAGCAUUUCAAAUGAAAAUACAGCUAUGGAUGGGACAGUUACAAAUAGGAAACUCGUGUCAUUUCCCAAGGUUGAAAGCUGUAGCAACAAAUCAGAAUUGUUUCACAAAAUAUUGUUCUGUUUUAGAUUUACUCGAACAGGAAUUUAAUGGAAGAUUUAAGGAUGUUCAAAGUUUGAAUAUCGAGUUUAACAUAUUUGCAACGCCAUUUUCAGUUAACUUAGACACAGUACCGCCAGAAAUGCAGCUCGAGUUGAUCGACAUGAAAUGUGACCGAAUGUUGAAAAACAAAUUCAAUCAAGCUGAAUCUCUGGCGCAUUUUUAUACCGGUUUCUCGCAUAUUCGUUUUCCAUUGUUGUAUACCCUUGCCGGUAAAAUAUUAUGCAUGUUUGGUUCGACUUACGUCUGCGAACAAUUAUUUCUAAACAUGAAAAAAACGAAAUCAAUUCACAGAACAGGAUUAACUAAUUAUAAUUUAAAAUGUUCAUUAUUAUUAAGCUCCUGCCAAUCGAUUGUCCCAGAUAUUACUUUUUUAAUGGAACAAAAGAGACUGCAAACGUCAUCCAGACGGUUGUUUACAACAGAAUAAAACGUGCUAGAAGUCUUCUAGCUGCCACCUUCGUUUAAUAAUUCAUUCGUCACAUUCGAUUAUCGUUUACAUUGCAAAUAAAAAUGAUUAUUUGUGGUGUACUUUGUUAGAGAUACUGCAAGAGAUACAAUAAUUGUUCAGAAAUCUUUCUGCCAAAUUUUAAUAUCUAUUCUAAUAUAUAAAUAUGGUAUUUAUAUUUUAGGAUUUAUAUUUUGUAUCUAUUGUAGUAUCCAUUAUUUUUAAGGUGUAUAUAGUAUUUAUAUACGACUACUUAUUUUUCAUAUUUUCAUGUUGCAUUUACUUUUUGCACAUUAACCCAAUGUUACUUUUAAUUAAGCUUAUUAGUUCCUAAUCGUGAACGUUGUAAAUAUCGUCGCAUUCCAAAAGUAAUAAGUAUACAAAUGUACAAAAUGCAACAUAUCAAGAAACUGUAAAUAAUGUACUGUACGUAAACAUUAAUCAGUUAUAAAGGCUAAGUGUCCUGUAUAUUAUUAAUAAGUAAACAUUAAUAUUAUGGAAAGUUUGUAUAAUUUUUAUCCUAUUAGAAUAAAUAAUGAUACAAGUUUCAUUCAUCUUAAUAUUACUGUGUAAAACCGUUGUACAUACAGUGUUUUGAUAAGUGCAUAUAAAAAAUCUCUGUUAAUGUUAAUAUGAAUCUCCCUGUAUAUGGUUUUGGGCGUAGGCCAGGGAUGUCCAUCAGGAUAAUCUCUCAUAGUAACAUGAUACAUUGUAACUUAAACCAGGCCAGCGACACGACAGCACAAUGCCCUGCUCAAUCAACUUCAGUAACUUUAGUUUGAGUAAUUGAGCUCUGUUUGAAACAUUGAUUAAACACACAUGAUUGAUCAAGAUGAUGGAAGAGAUUAUCAUUGUCAGAUGCUCAAAGUGGCAUGUCGUGUUGCUGCCUUGGUUUAUUUGAGUAAUAAAGUACAUAUCAUGGUACUCCAAGAGAUUGCCCUGACUUCUCCAACGUAAACGAUCAAUAGCUUCAAAGGAUUCCCAGUGAAAUGCUACAAACGGAUGAAGUCUUAAGAUGGCAAGAUCAAGGAGCAGAGUCAUAACAUAAGUACCGACAGAUUGAAAACUAUUCAGGUGUGAAAUCUAAUUGCAGAAGCAGUUGUUCAGAAGUUACAUGAGAAGAUAAUUGCAUGAAAUGUCAAGGAGAGCCUAUCUCCCUAUAAAACAGAACAUUGUAUACACCAGGUCGACCUCGUUAUAUCUUCUCAGGUACUCAGAAGUGAUUUUCAGAUAUAUCCUGAAUCGAACACGUUAGAGUACCCUGAUAACGAUUAUUAUAACAAGAAGUAUGAUCUGUCAAUACAUAAGAGCUGAUUAAAACGUAAGUGGACAAGUUGGAAAGCCCUUCAGUUGUGAAAGCGACGUGGUGCUGAUAGAGUGAGAAGCGGAGAGGAUAGUUGUUCCCCGUUCCAUUUUAUGGCUUCUGACGUCACGUAGCUCUGCCCGCGGGCAAGGUAGGGCGUCUGCCGAUCGAAGAGCAGAGUCUCUCAAGCCAGCUCUAUUAAUAGAGCGUAACGAGAUCAAUAUUAUUUCAACAGUGGGAUGAAAACGAGCUGGAUUUCAAACUAAAAUGAACCAUAUGCACCCAAGGGCCCUAUAGAAUCACUAUAGUCAUGCUAUGUUGGACAGUCAGCCCGUGGCUAUCUGCUGAGACAAAUUUAACUGAUUGCAUUUGAACGAGUCAGAAUGUUGGAAUUUCCAAGGAUAGGGCAUUGGGGGCCGUAACUUGAUACGUUUCGACCCAAAUAAACGAGUCCAAGACGUGAGAUACCACCUUAAGCCGACUGCACACGUUCCAACCAACUUGAUCCAGAUUACGUUACUCCCCUGAUGCCCAUCACUGAUGAAUCAGAGUACUUGGAAUUGAUAGUGCUGGGUAUACAAGCUGUCCCAUGUACCUGGGUUAACUUAAAGAUGGUAAAAAAACUACUUACCAUAGAUCUAUCCCCUGGUUUUGCUUUUCCAUAUUUUAUUAGGCAAUUCAGACCCACGCGUAAUGCUCGAGCCCAGAUAUGCGUCCAAGGGGCAUUCUUUUGAUCCAAAAUUAAUUCUGUAGCUAUGCUAGUAAAUAAUAAGCAAUAUAGCGCUCCUGAUGUGCCACCCAUCUGUUCUUCAGCCGUGUAAGCCAAUUCAUGAAAAACCGACGACGGAUGUGAUAAUUGGAAGUUGUCGAGAUUUUGCAAUAUAUCUGAAAAUAAUAAAUAAAAGGAAAGAUUCAACGAUAGUUUAUAGAAAGAAAAA